AUGGCUGAGGCGCCGCCGCGCCGGGCGCCGCCGCUGCCGCUGCUGUGGCCGCUGCUGGCGGCGGGCGUCGCGGCGCUGGAGAUCGGGCGCUUCGACCCCGAGCGCGGGCGCGGGCCGGCGCCGUGCCAGGCGGUGGAGAUCCCUAUGUGCCACGGCAUCGGCUACAACCUGACCCGCAUGCCCAACCUGCUGGGCCACACGUCGCAGGGCGAGGCGGCGGCCGAGCUGGCGGAGUUCGCGCCGCUGGUGCAGUACGGCUGCCACGGCCACCUGCGCUUCGUGCUGUGCUCGCUGUACGCGCCCAUGUGCACGCACCAGGUGUCGGCGCCCAUCCCCGCCUGCCGGCCCAUGUGCGAGCAGGCGCGCCUGCGCUGCGCGCCCGUCAUGGAGCGCUUCCACUUCGGCUGGCCCGACGCGCUCGACUGCGGCCGGCUGCCCACGCGCAACGACCCGCACGCGCUGUGCAUGGAGGCGCCCGAGAACGCCACGGCCGGCCCCGCCGAGCCGCACCGGGGCCUGGGCAUGCUGCCCGUGGCGCCGCGGCCCCCCGCGCCAGCCCCGGGCCCCGCCGGCCCCGGCCAGGGCCCCGGCUCCUGCCAGAACCCGGAGAAGUUCCAGUACGUGGAGAAGAGCCGCGCGUGCGCGCCGCGCUGCGGGCCCGGCGUCGAGGUGCUCUGGUCCCGGCGCGACAAGGACUUCGCGCUGGUCUGGAUGGCCGUGUGGUCGGCGCUGUGCUUCUUCUCCACCGCCUUCACCGUGCUCACCUUCCUGCUGGAGCCGCACCGCUUCCAGUACCCCGAGCGCCCCAUCAUCUUCCUCUCCAUGUGCUACAACGUCUACUCGCUGGCCUUCCUCAUCCGAGCCGUGGCCGGCGCGCAGAGUGUGGCCUGCGACCAGGAGGCGGGCGCGCUCUACGUGAUCCAGGAGGGCCUGGAGAACACCGGCUGCACCCUGGUCUUCCUCCUGCUCUACUACUUCGGCAUGGCCAGCUCCCUGUGGUGGGUGGUCCUCACGCUCACCUGGUUCCUGGCGGCCGGCAAGAAGUGGGGCCACGAGGCCAUCGAGGCCCACGGCAGCUACUUCCACAUGGCGGCCUGGGGCCUCCCGGCGCUCAAGACCAUCGUGGUCCUGACCCUGCGCAAGGUGGCCGGGGACGAGCUGACCGGCCUCUGCUACGUGGCCAGCAUGGACGCCGCAGCACUCACGGGCUUCGUGCUGGUGCCCCUGGCUGGCUACCUGGUGCUGGGCACCAGCUUCCUCCUCACGGGCUUCGUGGCUCUGUUCCACAUCCGCAAGAUCAUGAAGACGGGGGGCACCAACACCGAGAAGCUGGAGAAGCUCAUGGUCAAGAUCGGCGUCUUCUCCAUCCUCUACACGGUGCCCGCCACCUGCGUCAUCGUGUGCUACGCCUACGAGCGCCUCAACAUGGACUUCUGGCGGCUCCGGGCCGCAGAGCAGCCGUGCACUGGCGCGUCGGUGCCCGGGGGCCGCAGGGACUGCUCCCUGCCGGGGGGCUCCGUACCCACCGUGGCUGUCUUUAUGCUCAAAAUCUUCAUGUCUCUGGUGGUGGGCAUCACCAGUGGUGUCUGGGUGUGGAGCUCCAAAACUUUCCAGACCUGGCAGAGCCUGUGCCACCGUAAGAUGGCAGCCGGCCGGGCCCGGGCCAAGGCCUGCAGAGCCCCUGGGGGCUAUGGACGGGGCAUCCACUGCCACUAUAAGGCCCCCACGGUGGUCUUGCACAUGACUAAGACGGACCCCUCCCUGGAGAACCCCACGCACCUCUAGCGACACAGGCCUGGCUCUCUGCUGUGGCCCCCCCCCCCCCAAAAGACAGCUGACUAGCAGCACCCAGCUGUCAAGGUCAGGCACAGCCAGGGGGCUGAGGACCCGAGUGGGGACCUGGUGAAACUCACACUCGUAUGCUUCCUAAUUGGGGGUGGGAGCCUGGCUGCGACCCCCAAAAGGUCAGAAGAAGGGACAGAGGAGGGCAUGGUCCAUCAGAGCAUUUAUUUAAUGAUGUAAUUUAUUGUUGCGUUUCUCCGCAAGCUGUGACUGGAAUAAACCCCUGUGUGUUA